AGUUCUUGGGACUGAUCGCGUCGUGAGACAAGCAGCGGUUGUAGGCGGGUUUAUGCGGCUCUGCUGCUUUGAUUGACGUCAGGGCCGAACCGCUUCCUUCUUGUCAGAACCGGGCCGCGAACUGGGCCGUUGCAGCCCGUAGGAAGGUAGGGGACGCCCGCGCGGUUAGUGUUGCGGUGAGGAGGAUCGUGUCUUUGUGUCUGAUCAGGUGAACCUACUUUCUGUGCUGCUGAAAGGAUGUAGUGGAAAUGAUAGCAGAGCUCAAUUCUGUUGCCAAUCUCCCUAACCACAAAGAAAAUGGGAUCCAUGAUGAGAUUGUCCCUGAAUCUACAGCACAGAAUGGGAGUUGUUUGAGAAAUGGCAAGAUCAAAACUUUUAGAGGAAAAAGAAAAAUCCGAAAACAAUGUGAAAACAGAAGAAGAGGCUCUUCCAGUAGUAGACGGUCAAACCAGCUGCAAAAUGGAGAAGUGGUUGAAGCGGUUACCUUAUUUGAAGUGGUCAGCAUGGGCAGAAGAGCUAUGCAGUCUGUGGUGGAUGACUGGGUUGAAGCUUACAAAAAAGAUCGAGAUGUGGCACUUCUGGAUCUUAACAACUUCUUCAUUCAGUGCUCUGGUUGUCAAGGAGUGGUUACAGCAGAGAUGUUCCAAAGUUCACAGAACUGUGAUGUGAUGCAGAAAAUGACAGAGACAUUUGAUGAGGAAACUGGAUUGCAAUAUAAAAAGUUCAUGGCUUAUCCCUGGAUUUUGACUGUUACUUGGCCAGUGGAUAUGGACAAUGAAGACUAUCCACUCAUCAAACCAGGGUCCUCCUGGAAGAAGUUCAAAGCUCAUUUUUGUGAGUUCACUGCAGUAUUGGUCCAGCAGUGCCAGUGCAGUAUCCUGUAUGACGGCUACUUGAUGGACACUGUCAUCUCCCUCCUCACGGGCCUGGCAGAUUCCAUGAUCAGAGCAUUCCGGCACACCAGUACAUUAGCAGCUAUGAAGCUUCUGACAGCACUUGUAAACCUCAAUCUAAGUCUGGAUGUAAGCAAGUGUAACCUGGAAAGAUUAUACGAGGUAGAAAAGAGCAGGACUAUGGGCAAGAGGACCAAUUCUAGACUGGACCAGCUAGAAAGAAAAAGAAGAGAGUAUAAACAGAAGCAUCUGGAGAUAGAGAACAUGAUGAAUGCUAUUUUCAAAGGGACCUUCUUGCAACGUUAUCGUGAUGUUAUUCCAGAAAUCCGGGCUAUUUGCAUUGAAGAAAUGGGCAAUUGGAUGAAGAUUUAUCCUGAUGCAUUCUUAAAUGAUAGUUACUUGAAAUACAUUGGAUGGAUGCUGUAUGAUAAACAACCUGAUGUCCGGCUGAAGUGUCUUCAGGGAUUGCAGGGAAUAUAUGGCCAAAAAGAACUUGUUUGUAAAAUGGAUCUCUUCACUAGUAGGUUUAAGGAUCGAAUUGUGUCCAUGACUCUGGACAAGGACCAUGAAGUAGCAGUCCAAGCCAUGAAACUCUUGAUGCUUAUGUCACAGAACUGUGAAGAUGCGUUGUCAUCUGAAGACUGUGAAACCUUAUACCAGUUUGUUUAUACUACCCACCGGCCACUGGCUAUAGCAGCUGGAGAGCUCCUUUAUAAAAGAUUGAUUGUCCAGGAAAUUGAAAUGGAAGGUUUCUCCAAAAGAAACAAAUUCUGCUCAAAAUGGGAACCUGUGGCCAGCCAGUUAAAGACACUAAUAAUUUUCUUCUUGGAAAGUGAGCUACAUAGCCACGUCACAUAUCUUGUAGACAGCCUUUGGGAUUGGGCCACGAGUUUAUUGAAAGACUGGGAGUGCAUGACUACUCUCUUACUGGAAAGUGCUGACAAUCACGAAGAAGUGCUGAGUGAUGCCCAAAAGAGUGCCCUCAUUGAAAUAAUCUUAGCGACCAUUCGAGAAGCUGCUGAAGGUCAUUCUCCUGUGGGCAGAGGAGGGACCAGGAAAAUCUUGUCUGCCAAAGAGAAGAAGAUACAAGUGGAAGAUUCUGCUAAAAUAACUGAACACUUCAUUGUGGUGCUUCCUCAGCUCUUGGCAAAGUAUUCUGUAGAUGCAGAAAAAGUGACAAACCUCCUGCAAAUUCCACAGUAUUUUGAUAUAGAGCUGUGCAGUACUGGGCUCCUGGACAAGCAUGUGGACGCAUUGCUGAGAGAGGUGAAAACCAUUGUGAGCAAGCACUCUGAUGCAGAUGUCCUGGAGGCUUGCUCCAGGAUAUACUACAUUCUUUGCAGUGAAGAACUUUCUGUCCAUAAAAAAGUGGGUCUUGCUAGAACUGAACUGGUAGAUGAACUGGUGGAAGAACUAAAGGAGCUAUUGGACACCUUUUGGGAUGAGGGAGAAGGCCUUUAUGCAGAAGAAGAAGGGAUUCAUCAUAUAUGCUCCAUGUUGCGAAGAAUAACUGCUUUUCAUAACGCCCAUGAUCUCACCAGGUGGAAUCUCUAUGACAUGAUGUCUAAGCUCCUUGGUUUUGAGGUGGAACACAGCCCUUUACCUGUUCAGAUCCUUCUGCCUGCUUUACAGUGUGCUUAUUUUGCACUGUUCUGGCAGCUUACUUCUGUGGCAGAGAACACUUCUUCCAAGGAAAGCAUAUUUGUCUUGAGGACACACUUGAGGCACUAUUGUCACCUCUGUACAUGCUACCUCAGUCACCACAACAGAGAGUUACGUGAAAAGGCUUUUAUGAUACUUUGUGACUUACUCAUGAUUGUAAGCCAUCAAGGUUCAAGUGCUGAUGGAGCAAUUGGGUUAUUGGAGUACCUUCCCAGUUUGUCUCUUCAAUCAAAAAUGCUCUUAUUCAUUCAGGACCACGUUUUCACAGAGGAGGAAGAAGAAACCAAAGACUUGACAGAAGAAGAGGAGAGGAAAAAGGAAGGACAGAAAUUGGAUGCCUUGCACCUGAAGCGGUGCCUCCUUGCAGCUUAUUGCAAGUUAAUAAUCUAUAAUGUUGUUGAGAUGUCUGCAGCUGCUGAAAUCUACAAGCAUUAUAUGAAGGCUUAUAAUGACUUUGGAGACAUAAUUAAAGAAACUUUGAGCCGGACAAGGCACAAUGACAAAAUUCAGAGUGCAAAAGCACUGAUCCUCUGCUUGCAGCAGCUUUUUCAGAAGCAUGUCGAAAGCCAGGAUGACAGCAGCAGCAGCAUGGAUGCCGCCUCUGCCUCCUUCAACAAUAUUAAAGAGCUUGCACGGCGCUUUUCUUUGACAUUUGGCUGGGACCAGGUGAAAAGUCGAGAGUCAGUAGCCAUGAUACACAAGGAAGGUAUUGAGUUUGCCUUUCAAGGAGCUGCUGCUGCAGUGGAAGGGAAGUGCCUGCCUCCCAAUCUGAACUUCCUGAUCAUCCUCAGUGAAUUCUCCAAUAAGCUUCUAAAGCCUGACAAAAGACUUGUAUAUAAUUAUUUGCUGAGAUAUAUACCUGAACCAGCACUUUGUAAAGAAGAUUCCUGGUACUCCCUGGGUUGGUACAGAACCUCUUUGCUGGCCAGUGAAGAUGAGGAGAGUUCUGCUAUCAGCAGCUUAAAUGAGUGGCCUCCCGUUAUCAUUGCUAGGACACCUUCUUUUAAAAGAAAAUUAUCUGAAGGCGAAAGAUAUCACUCAUUGUCUGCUUCAGGAUCCUGGUCCAAAACCAGUCACACUGAGACAAUAAAUAGACCUUCAGAUAUCCAUCGCCCAUCUCAUCUCCCUUCCUUGGCAUUGAGAGGCAGGAAGAGGCUAAAAUUUCAUGACAGCCAUCACCAAGAAUAUCCACCAUUACUUGGUUCUGCAAGAUUGAAGACAAAACAUAGUAUCCAAGCUGUGGUCAAGAUAGAGAAUACAGCAGAAGUUCCAGCUGAAGACGCUGAUGUUGAUGUUGUUGGUACUGACUAGGAGACCUAAGGAGCAAAGACAUUUGGAUGUGUACCCUCUGCUUUUUCAAUUGUAUGAAGAAAAAACAGAGAGGUGGAAUGGGCUACACCUAGUAUCUCCAUAUCAGGGUAGCUGAGAGCAUGAUAUGGUAUGGCUUUCGUAUAACUUAUAUGUACAAUCACCACAAUUAUGAUUAUUUCUUCAGCCAGUGUUAUUGAUAUGGUUUGGUACUUUCCGGUGUUGUGGCUACACAAGUUUUUUCUGAAAAUACUUGAUUUCAUGUUUGUUAAAGUUUGUCUAAAAUGUGAUACCAGAUUCAUUUGUAGACAGGGAAACAAACACAAAACCUACCAGAUAUUAGCAGACCAGUAUUUUCUGAAGAGUUGGGCCCAUGGCAAAAUGACACAUCCCCUUAACACCCAAUUUUUACUUUGUAUUUCAUGUUUCCUUGUAUAUCACGACAAUCUAAUAUUGAAACUAGGGUGGGAAUUUGCUUUUAGUGAUCUAUUGUUCAUUAACAUUGAGCUUGUGAAACAGUUGUUCAGUUUCAUGCUUUUAUAUUCAGAUGUUUGCAAAAUAAAACGAGUGAUUGGUUC